AAAAAGCCUUACAACAAUAUUAUAGGCUUUUUCCGUGAUUUCAUUUGUGCAAAAUCUUCAAUGAUGUCGUCAAACUCCAGUUGCUGCAAAAUGUCACUCUCUAUAGACAUAAGCGACAAACUGGUGAUGCGUUCUUGUGACAUGAACGUUCUUGAGUCAUUUUUUGUUCUCUUCAACUUUGAAAAAUACUGCUCUCCGCUGCAGUUAGUGACCAUUAGACACAGGACAAUUCUUGUUGCAAUUUCCACUUUGACCCUUCUCACGAGGCUAUGCAAGGCCGGAAUACUUUCAGCCGAUGAAUUUCUCAAGGUCAGCAGAUAAUGUCCCAAAUGUGAACAUUCUAUGCAUACCUGCUCAGUACAGUUGGAGUUAUAAUGA